AUAUUAUAUAUGGAAAAAGACGAUAGGUUAAUUAUGUCCAAAUAAAGAAGGAAAUAUUUAGGGUAAAAAGAAAUCUUUAAAUCCUAGUAUAGUAUAAACAAAUUAAUUUAUUUAUGUUACCAAGUUUUUUGUCUUUUUUUCUUGUAACCCUAGAAAACCCUAGUUGUUUCUUUGUAAGACUCCAUCUCAACCAGUAACUCUUUACCUUAGUUGUCCACACACAGACGUACUUAUUAAUUCCUUAAAACUGGCCUCCUCUUCAAAGACAUUGUCAUAAUCAUCCCUAAAUCUCGGUACUCAAGUUAAAGAAAAACUAACCAUGGUCGGCGAGGCAGAAACCGAAGUAGUGAUGAGGUUGAAACUGUUGAUAGACACAGAAAGCAAAAGAGUCCUAUUCGCGGAAGCAGGCAAAGAUUUCGUCGAUUUCCUCUUCAAGAUACAAACCCUACCGGUCGGUGCAGUAGUUCUUAGUCUCCUUCAGAAAAAACAAGCAAGGAUAGGCUCAUUAACAAACCUGUACGAAAGCAUUGAAAAUCUCAACAACUCUUACAUGCAAUCGAACGAGACGAAGGAUGCCCUUUUGAAACCGGACGACCCUCUUUCUCUAGUCGCCGGUCCAACUCCGGGCCCUCCUCGGGCCGCCACCCUUGCAUCAAAAUUAUUCUACAAGUGCUCCACGUGUCCCCCCGUGUAUGUUUCUGAUUCCCCAGACAUAUAUUGCCCAGGGUGCCGCUAUAGUAAAAUGACGUCAAGUAUGAUUUACGUGGCUCCUCCGUUCUAUGACGACGACCAAGGAAUCGGAUUCGUCAAGGAUAUGGUGACUUACAUGGUGAUGGAUGAUUUGGUCGUCACGCCUUUGUCCACUAUCUCGAGCAUCUCUUUUCUUAAUAAGCUCGACGUUAAGGAUUUCAGUUCCGUACAGGAAAAACGCGUCAAUUUUGGCAUGGAUGAGGCUGUGAAGCUGUUGAGUGCUUCUUUGCAUACUAAUAAUGUUCUUACUGAUGUCUUCCUCAAUUGCACAACUACUAAUUCGAACAAACGUAAUCGAUGCGAAGUAUACGUAGCCGGAGCGUUAUCCGGCUGUUAA